AUGGCGGAGGUCCUCCCCGCUGGCGUGGAUCCGCAGGUUGAUUUCGCAGAGGAUGGCGCCGUUGUAGUGCCAGCGCCCCCCCUGAACCCCGCAUCGACUUUGGCGCCUCCGGUUGCCGCGCCUGGCGCGGAAGAGGCGCCCCCGACCGAUGGCGUUGCCGAAUCGGGGGCGGCGGAGUUGAUGGCAGAAGUGGCGAGGCUUCGGGCCGAGAAUGCGCAGCUGCAGCUCGCGGCAGGAUCAUCUCCAGGCGAGGCUGCGGACGCCCGCAGCGCGGCCCCGCUGCCUCGCGUGACCGUCGGUUCGGAGGUGGAGGCGAAGUACGGGCAGGAGUUCCACGACGCGGUGAUCGUGGAGGUUGGCGAGAGCUACGUCACAGUGAAGUGGGCGUACGAUCAGUCGGAGACGGAGGUUCCGAUGGAAGGCGUCCGGCCGAGAGGUGGCGCGAUGCUCGCAGGAGCUGGUGUCCGCGCGCCAGUGACGCCACCAGAGCUGCACAGGACAUCGGGGGCCAUUGGAGACGGCUCCGCGUCCGAGCAGAGGUGGUCAGAUGAGCAGCGCUGGGGUCACGGGGACGCGUGGGAGUGGAAGGCCGUCGACGGCGCCGAGAGGGCCCAUCACGGGUGGGAGCGCAGUCCCGGCUAUUGGGCGAGCAGCGCUUCGUCGUCGGGCGGCUCCGGCGAGGUAGUGCCUUCGAGCCAUGGACGCGCUGCUUCCUCGGGCUGGUCCGCGAACGUCCAGGGCGACACGGAGCGCGGCUGGGGCAAUCCUGGGAGCGGCGCCGCGGCAGUCGGCGACAGUAGUGAGGCGGAGCACUGGGGAGAGUGGCGCGCUGCUUCUCAGGGCUGGGCGUGGAACGAGGGCGACAAUGCGCAGUGGCAGGAGGGUUGGUCGUGGAAGCGGCGGCGCAUGUCGCCGUCGGAGUCUGACCUCAGGAGUACAUCGUCAGUGGCUUCGACACGCUUGUCGACAGCAUGGCCGACGACGUGA